AUGUCUAUCCAAUUUUUGAGAUGCCGAGCAACCCAAAUGGACCAUGCCAUGCCGGGUCAAUGCAAUCAGAGGGGACACAAGAAGUCCCAGUGUCCGAGUCUAGCAUCAGCAGGACAGGUGGUGGCACCCGCUCCUACCACUAUGAGGAUUACAGACGGCCGUCAGGGCCGGGCUGAGUCAUCAGUGGCGAAGAGCAGAGCCUUCCAGUUGACAAUAGAGGAGGCAAGUGCAGUUCCUGAUGUGGUUAUGGUGAACGGCAUAUCAGCUAUGGUACUAUUUGAUUCGGGGGCUACCAUAUAUUUUGUGUCGCUCGCACUUAGCAAGCGAUUUAGUAGAGCUCCGGGGGAGCUGGAUUGCCCACUUGAUGUAGAGAUAGCAGAUGAUAGGACCAUCAGGGUUGCGAGGGUUCAUAGAAGAUUGGGUAUGGAUUGGCUGAGCCCCAAUGGGGCAGUGAUUCACUGCAAGCAGCAGCUAGUGAGGGUUCAUACUCCUAGUGGGGGAGAGAUAGUGAUUCAGGGUGAGAGGCCACAGUGCGGACUGAUUCUCUGUUUAGCAGCGAGGGCGAGGCGCCACCUUAAGCAAGGUUGCGCCGGAUACGUCGCCUAUGUCAUGGAUACCCGGGAUAAGGGUAAGGCGACAGUUGAUGAUGUACCGGUAGUGCAAGAGUACCCGGACGAAUUCCUAGAGGAUUUACCUGGGAUACCUCCGGAGAGACAGGUUGAGUUUAGGAUUGACCUGGUUCCUGGCCGAGCAGUUCACCAUGGGGAGUCGCGAUCCUGUUUGUGA